UUGAUAUCCCCACCAAGUUGGACCAUGGAAUUAUGGUAGAAGAGAGGUCACCAUAUGUGGUUGCCAGCUUCCCUUUUGGCCUUCAGGUGGAAUUUGAUGCGGAUCGACACCUUUUUAUUGAAGUGGCCGAAAAGUUCAAGCAGCACCUGCGUGGCCUAUGUGGGAUCUACUCUUCCAAUGAGUACGACGAGUUCGUCACGCCCAGCGGAACUGUGGAGGACGAUCCAAACAGGUUUGGCCGAAGCUGGAUGGUGGAGGAUGCUGGCUGGAAGUGUGACCCUGUGGUCACGGUUCCACCGGACUGCAGCCGCAUGCUAAAGGAUCGGUAUAAAGGUCUUUGCAACGUGAUUUCCGAUAUCAAGGGGCCUUUUCAAGCCUGCCAGUGGAAAAUCAAUCCCCUCAAGUAUGUUACAAGCUGUGUAUAUGACCAGUGUGCUUCUGCAGGAAACUCAAAGCACUGCCGCAAAUCCCUGGAAGAUUAUGCUGCCACCUGCCUUCGGGCUGGUGUGAAGCUUGGAGUCUGGUGGACGGAUACUCUGUGUGAGCCCUCGGCCCAGUGCAGCUUCCCCUGCUCUUUUGACAACGACCUCUGUCUCUGGACGCAGUCGACCUCGGACAACUUUGACUGGACUCGACACAAAGGCCCGACACCCUCGCAGAUGACGGGGCCACCUCAUGACCACACCACAGGAAGUGGUUACUACCUCUAUGUGGAAGGGGAUCAUGUCAUUGAGGGGGACGUGGCCCACCUCAUCAGCCCCACCUGCCUGGCCCUUGAGCCCCACUGCUUCAGCUUCUGGUACCAUAUAUUUGGCGCCGCAAGUUUGAUGUCGCUGAGAGUUUACGUGGUCCCUGAAGAGAAAGAGCCCAUCAGGCUCUGGAUUGCGACGGGGAGGAAGGCAAACCAGUGGCUGCAUGCAAACGUCACCGUGCCCAGCAUGGGGAAGCUGCAGAUCAUUGUGGAAGGAAUGCGAGGAGAGGAUUUUGCUAGUGACCUGGCUGUGGAUGAUAUCUCCAUGUCAAAUGGAAGUUGCACAGCUGUGUACACCACCUAGAAGUGCACAGACCAGGCGGUAUAGAAAUAUGAGAGACAAACCAACCAAGCAAACAUUUCUCUAGUUAUGAUUUUUUUGCAUGGUCAUGAGAAAUUCUAGAAUAAAAAAGACACAAGAAUGAAAAUGAAUGGGGAGGGGGGAAGUGAACCAAAGUCAGGACGUCCUUCAGACUCCUCACCUGGCUCUGGGUAGCUUGAGG